AUGUCAUACCAUCCUUUUGAUACCCCAACUCAACCUGAUACUAUAGAUCCAUUACCCACUUUACAUGAAGAAUCCAACACUUCACUUGGCUGGCGUCCAGAAAGUCCUAGUCCAGAUAAUAUCAUUCGUGCUGCAAGUCCUCUUGGUAGACGUUAUAUGAAACCUGUCAAUGGUAUACAAAUCAAAGGUUUCGCUCGCUCAGCCCAAAGAAGAUCAUCUGUCUUGACAUUGGGAAGCAUUGAACGGUUACAACACUUUUACGCAAAAAAGGAAUUAGCUGUGAAUAAAGUAGGAACACUUGGAUUCAAAUUUUCGGAAGAACCUGACGAGAUAGAUGAUCAACCACCUACGCCACAACAACCACCACCUAGUUGGAAGGAAAUAGAUGUAGAAACCGACUUGGAUGUUUUACUACAAGUAUGUUUUCAAGAUAUACAACAAACGUUAACAGCAUGGGCCAUGGUAACAGGACCUCGAAUGUCAUUAUCAGAUCAUUCUGUGGACUCGGAUACUUCGGAUGCUCAUCAUUCCACGUUUCAAAUCUUACCUUUAUUACAAUCGGUCACCAAAAUGCUUCAAUCUGUAAAGAACUAUACCAUGUAUCGCCACGAUUUAUCCGACACUGCUUUGGCUCAACUACGACAAUCUGCGCUUACUUUAUUAUCGGCCAUCAAAGAUCUGGAAUCUCUUUAUCGGUUGGAUGAAGAAGACAAGAAUAAUGAAUCCCAAGAAGAUGGUUAUAUCUAUCGAUCUUCUGAUUUUCAUCAUUUGGAUAAAGAACGUCAGGUCAUACAUCAAUACCUAUCUACCGUGGAAAAAUAUGCUCUCAAUCCUCCUCAUCAUCUUGGUGGUCCUCCUACUGUAUUCACGGAAGAAAUCAAAGCUCUCAUGGUCAAAACCGCCUCUGGACCUACUUCUCCUACUGAUACACCCAUUCAAACUUCUUUAACAAACACUAUACCUAUUUGGCUGGAAAGAGGAUCCUUUGUGAAUGAUGAUAUUGGUAAGAUAGAAAAACUAAUAAUAAUAGUAUUCUUUAUAUAUAUAUAUAUAUAUAUAUAUAUGAGUUUCUUACUUUGA